UGAGCAGGGGAGGGGCAGAGAGAAAGGGAGACAAUCCGAAGCAAGUUCCAGGCUCCAAGCAAGCUGUCAGCACAGAGCCCGACGUGGGGCUCAAACUCACAAACCGGGAGAUGUGACCUGAGCCGAAAUCCCACACUUAACCAACUGAGCCACCCAGGCGCCCCCAUACUCUUUAUUUCUUAAUACGUUUCCAGGUCCAAGCAACGAGAAUGGAAAUAAAAACAGUUUUGUUUUUCUUAGUAGUUCAGGACCCUAAUACAUUGUAAGAUGUGGCCCAUCGAUCCUAGAAACCCUGUUAUGAGUUCCAGGGAUGGCAAACAAUUUGGCCAAGUCACACGACCUAGACUCCAAAUCUCUCCUACCACUAUCACUUGUCAUUGUUUCAGUAGUUACACUCUACCUUCCCGAACUCGGAGGGGCAGAUUCUGCUGGCUGGGAAACCUAAAAGAAAGACCAUUCAGGCAUCCUACAGACUUCAAAAGCUGGCUUCCAGAGUUAAGAUUUAAAAUAAUAACCCAAGAUGGAAAGCCUGGCAUGGGAACCAGUUCAGCGCCGGUCAAGUUCCCACCCGGACUGUUCCCCAACCCGCCCCUUCUCAGGAAGUGGGGAGGGACUGUUACCACCUACGUGCCGGAAGUUGCCUUUUCCUGACUACCUGGCUAUUCUGGCGGCUCAGCUUUAUUUACAUCUCCUGAUUCCAAGGUGGCAACAGCAUACUUCUGAUUCAGCCCCUCCACUUAGCUGUAAAAAUGAAUUAAUCAGAACUGCCUGGCAUCUUCCUGAGCAAGACUUUCAAUUGGACCCAGCAUGCUUCAUUUCAUCCAGAAGUUUUCUCAGGCAUCUUCAAAGAUGCUGAAGUACCCUUUCACAUUCCGACUAGGAGCCAGCAGAAUAGAAACACUUUCUCUCAAGACAUGUCUCCAGCAAAACUUUUCCCCUUUGUUGCCAGGGCCUUGGUUUUUCUCAUCAUUUCCAGUGUAUAUGAACAAGACACAAUACUAUCAUACUUCCCCAUGCAGCUUUAAGAAGCAGCAGAAGCAAGAAGUCCUUCCAACCAAGCCACCAGGCACCAUAACUUUCCUGCUUGAAAGCCCAAAGCCACUAUUAUACAUAAUCCUGGCAGGAGUAAUCCCCUUUGUUGCUCCACCACUGGUCAUGGUGAUGGCAAAGACUUAUAUCCCCUUAUUAGCUUUUACUCAGAUGGCUUAUGGAGCCAGUUUCCUAUCUUUCUUGGGAGGGAUCAAAUGGGGUUUUGCUCUGCCAGAAGAUAAUACAGCCAAACCAGACUUCCUCAGUUUGGCUAGUAGUACGCCUCCUCUUCUGUUUUCAUGGUUUGCCUUCCUUAUUUCUGAAAGACUCAGUGAAGCUAUAGUCACAGUAAUAAUAGGUUUGGGGAUAGCAUUACACAUUGAACUUUUUCUCUUGCCACAUUAUCCCAACUGGUUCAAAGUCCUUAAGAUAGUAGUCACUUUAGUGGCUUUGCUUUCAUUUGUAAUCACUUUACUAGUUAAAGAUAUUUAUCCAGAGAAAGGACUCAAGAAGCCUGGUCAAGUAGAAUAAAUAUAAAAACUACUUUGUAGAUAAUGUUAGCAUGUUGGCUACAAGCCUCAUAAAGUUGUGUUUUGGCAUCACCUUUUUCUUCUUCUCCUGUUUAGCUUUUGUUCCCCAUCAGUGGUUAUUUAUUCACAGAUUUUUUUUUUUCAUUUCUAGAAAUCUUUAUUUCCUAGGAAUUACUUGAUAAGAGUUUGAAAAUCCCUAACAAGUCAUUUUCACUUUAGGUUACAUUUUUCAGUGUGUAUGAAUUAUACAUAACAUUUUAAUGUUUUACUUGUUUUGAAAAACGUAAAAUGAAAAAAAAUAUAUAUAAAAUGAUAAAAAUGAAAAUCCUUUUUGCUAGAGCCUUAUGAUCAUUGAAAAAAGACAUGCAUAUUCUCCCAUAAGAGGAAAACUCUGUAUCCAUGAUAGUUUGAAAAUAAUAGGUGGUUCCGUUGUGGGGUUGUCAUUGCAAUUGGCCCUGAGAAUUGCAUUUCCAAGCUCAUUUUAUCUGGUAUAAUCUAGUUAUAUGAGCUGAAAGGAUCUGUGGCUCUAAAAGUCAGUAGGGAGCAGUAUCAUAAGGGGAAAGCCAUAUUCAAAGAAAAGCUGGACACAUUUUCCAGUUUGUAUCCAAUUUUUAUAGACACAACCCCAUCUUCAAAUAUCAUCAGCUGGUCAAAAAAUUUUUUAAAUAAAGUCACAAGUAUGUAUAAAUUAGGAAAAGUAAAGCUGGAGCCAUCUUGAUGUUCUAUCAAGCAGGGUGAUCUAGUUUUACACAACUCAGAAGCUGUUUUAAAAACAGAAGCAACACUUUAGGUUCUAACUUGAAAACAGUCUCUUGAGAUUGUCUUCUAAAAAAAGGAAAAACAAUUUAAUUGGCAGAAGACUAUAAAUCAGUAGGAGCACAUGGGUGACUGUUGGUUAGGUGUCUGACUGAAUCUCAGCUCAGGUCAUGAUCUCAUGGUUUGUGAGUUUGAGCCCCACAUCAGGCUCUGCUGGCAGUGCAGAGCCUGCAAGUGAUUCUCCCUCUUUCUCUGCCUCUCCCCUGCUUGCUCACUCUCUCAAAAUAAAUCAAUAAACUUAAAGAAUAUAAACCUGGUAUAUGUUAUCUUUGGAUAAUGUAUUCAAAUAUUAGUUAACUUGAUUUUCAUAAAUUGUGUGUUGAAAUCCUAGCCCCAAUAUCUCAGAAUGUGACCUUAUUUGGAGACAGGGUCUUUACAGAGGUAAUAAGGCUAAAAUGAGGGCAUACGAGUAAGCUGUAAUGUAAUAUUACCAGCAUUCUUUUUUUAUUACCAGUAUUCUAAUAACAAGGGAAAACUUAGAGAUAAACAUGCAUACAGGGAAAAUUGCCAUGUAUACAUGAAGGUGGCCAUCCACAUUCCAAGGAUUCCUAGAAUACAUGCCUUCCUUUCAGCCCUCAGAAGGAACCAACUACCAACAAGUUGAUUUUAGACUUCCAGCUUCCAAAACUAUGAGACAAUAAGUUUUGUUUAAACUUCUGUGGUACUUUGUUACACCAGCCGUAGCAAACAAAUAUAAUACCACAGAGCUAGACCUUGUUCUGAUCAGUGAGAAUCUUACCAAUAAAACCACACAAUCCUUCUUUAUUAAUGCAGAGAAUAUGUUACCUACAGUCUGACACUAAAGAAAAGAAACCUUACACUUUAGAAGCUCUUUCUCAGAUUCUACUCACAGUGUUUUGGUGAGGAAACUGCUUCUAAAUUACAUGAGGACUGCACAAAUUAAAACUUCUCUGAUCUCAAAUUCAUCUUUCAGAAUAGGGGCAAGUCACUUAAGUUAGUUGCCCAAUUUCAAUAAACGAGGCAGGCAAAUGCACUUUGCAAGUGAAUUACAGUGUAUGAUUCUUUAAGAAAACUGAUUCUAGGGGCACCUGGGUGGCUCAUCAGUUAAGUGUCAGACUUCAGCUCAGGUCAUGAUGCACAGUUUAUGAGUUUGAGCCCUGCUUUGGAUUCUGUGUCUCCCUCUCUCUCUGCCCCUCCCCCACUCAUGUGCUCUUGAGCUCGCUCGCUCUCAAAUAUUAAAAAAAAUUUUUUUUAACUGAUUUUAAAGUACAUCCAACUUUACAUUGCACAGGACGUCUUGAAGUAUAUUAGAUUGUCAAAUAUAAAAAAAAUUUUUUUUUAAGUUUAUUUAUUUUGAGAGAGACAGAGAGCAAGCGGGGUAGGGGCAUAGAGAGAAAGAAUCCCAAGCAAGCUCUGCACUGUCAGAGCAGAGCCCGAUGCAGGGCUUAAAUUCAUGAACCAUGAGAUCAUGACCUGAGUUGAAGUCAGACACUCAACCAACUGAGCCACCUAGGUGCUCCAAGAUUGUCAAAUAUUUUGAAGGAAGAUCACAUUAACAGCUGCUCAGAAAACAGAUUUAAAUGUAAGAACUAAAUGUGCAAGUCCCUAAAGGUAAAACAAAACACUAAAAAACUUGGUCAAUCCUAUUAGUUUGGUGGUGAUCCAGGAACACCACUAAUAAACUAAGUUAUAAGUAAUACAAGGAAAGCAAAAAUCAACAUACUUUAUUAGUACAUUAUUUUUAAAACAGUGUCAUUACCCAAAAAAUAAUAAGCAUUUUUACAAUUAUCUAUUUACAGAGAUUGUCUGGACCUGUUAAGCCCAAACAUGGAUUGUCUUGACAGGUUUCUGCCACCACAAUACAAAAUGCCUCCCUCACAGUGCCAUUUUAGUUUGGCACCAGGCAAUAAUGAGAACUAAAUUACAGUAGUAUUUUUUAAAUCUCUUUUGAACCAGAAUGCAGAUUUUCUAUAACUAGAAAUAUUAAAGGCACAUAAAUUAGAGCUUCAAUAAUUUACAAAUGAUCUUGAUACUUCAUUCCUUGACAUUUUAUACAUCUCAGCCAAGCAUCUAUGACACUUCAGACUUUCAGGAUACCCCAAAGAAAGGGACACAGAGCUUUGUGUCAGCACUACUUGGGCUUUUCUUAAUACAUGCACAUGGUUAAGUUAUAGAAGAAAGUAUCCUUGUGGGCCAAUCCAAAUAUUUUGGAUAUGAGUGCUGAGUCUUUAAUGCUUACCAAAGAUUGUGUAUCUAAAUAAGCUGCUGAUCCCUGUUAACAAUACCCUGAAGAACUUUAGUAAAGAAAAAGGGAAAUCAGGGAUAUACAAAUCAAAUCCUGGAAUCACUAGGUAAACGUAAAUAUAUGCAAGACCUUUAAUAUGUAUGGUUCCAAACGACUAGUGGAAAUAAAUAAAAUAAUGAUCAUGUACACAAAGAAUGUUCCUCAGAACUGGACAGAAAACAUUCUUUAGAAUGUUUCUCAGGUGAAAAAUGAAAAGUUCUGAGAAGCAGUUUUGGAUCAGAGUCCUUUAACUUAACAAUGUCUAUAAAAGCUUCAUAGGUACCUACAAUUCCACUUUUUCCAAGCCAGGCAGUAGGCUUUGUACUAAGUUCAUACUUAGGCUUGCUCAAGUACAAGUAAGCUUUACCAAGGUUGAUGGUGUAAUAAAAUUCCCUCUUCCCAAAGCCAAACUAAGAACUAUUUAGAAAAUAGGUGUUAACCUCCCACUAGGCUCUGUUACCCAUUAUAUUAUCCAAUUGCACUAAUGGACUAUCACUAAGAACCUCCUAGUAAUUCCUCACUUGCAUUUUCAGCAUUAAGACAAAAAAUGUAAGUGAACAAAAGCUUUUUUAACCCUGUGAACAAUAGGCAAAAAUGUAUCAAUCUAUAUAAACAUCUAUACAGAUAGCUAGAUAUUUCCCACAUGUCCCUCCCAGUGUAUCUGCUGCUAAUAAAAAGUCUGGGGCUAUUGAAAACUCCUGGCAUCAAAUGAAAGUAGGGAGUUGUUUCAUUGGCUUUUCUCUGUAGGUUCAACUAUGGCCAUGGAAAAUUGUGCUAUAGACUGAAUCAUGAAUGUACAGACAUCUUUAAACUGUCUCACUAAAAUUCUUAUAUCACAUAAGGGUCAUGUUACAGCUUGGCUUGCCCCGGAGAAACAGCUAAAGGGGCUAUUAGCCAAGAAGCUUCUAGCAAAUCAUUUUUACAAUUAGGACUCUUCCCUUAGGGGAAAAUUCUAGAGCAAAAACAGCAUUGCUAUUGGUAAGCUUAACAAAUUUGUGUGAGUUCUUUAUUAAUUUAGGAUAUGUUCCAUAUCUCCUCUCACUCAAAUUCUUAGAAAAAUCAUUCUUUAGUCAUCUAACCUAUCAAAUACAUGGAAAACUCAACAGAAUCAGAGGGUCCUAUCACCAAAUACAUAUGUGAUUUGCAAACAUUUUAUUUUCAAAAUGUUUCUUGUGCUCCCUUAUGCUUUAUAUUUCAUAGUACAGCAACACCACCUUCACAACGACUGGUGAUCAUGUUACCGAUUUCUGUCCAUGUAUCUGAAUGAGGGUUAUAAACUUCAACAGAGUCCAAGGUACCUGGGGCCAAGAAAUCAUGGCUGGAAGAUCGACCUCCAGAAACAUACAGAAGCCCAUUAACUGCCACAACACACAUGCCUGCUCUAGGCACUUUCAUCGAAGCAACUUCAACCCACUUUUCCUGGUUAAGAGGAAAUAAAAAAAGAGCAGAAAUCAUAAAAUGGUAACAGAGAAAACUGUUGAGAAAUCAGAUACUCUAGUUCUUUUUACAUGUUUAAAUUUCAAACUCACAAUCCAGUCAUAUAAACAUUUUCAAAUGAACUUUUGAGUAGGCAUAGACAAAAGUAACGAGUUUAGAGGAAAACAACUGAAAAACAUGUUUGAUUAAUUAUAAAUCAUGAUCAGGAGACAAUCUAGAAAUCCCUUAUAGGCAUGCGUUCUAUAAAACUAGUUCUAUUGAAUAUAAGUAGGUAAUGCGCACACACACACACACACACACACACACACACACACACACCACAAACCCACAAAGCUCCAAGAAGAAAAAAGCUUCUCUAUACAGAAGGACUUUAAUAUGCUAAUGACCUUUAUUAAUCUCCAAGAUAAUGAUAUGGCUAUCAACACUUGCCCAGUUAUUAACCACGGAAUCCUUUUUUUCAAAGAUCAUCUAGUGGAGUUAAUGAUUUGCAAAAUGUAUUUUCAGAAAAAGUAUAGAUCGGGGGUCAGAAACUAUAGCCUAUUUUGGUGAGAAUGAUUUUUCCAGAUUAAAAGAUUAUUUUAAAAUAUAAGAAUAUUUCAAAUGGUGUUGGGAAAAACAGGACUAUAUGCCAAAGAAUAAAACUGGACCACCUUCUGACACCAUACACAAAAAUAAGCUCAAAAUGGAUCAAGGACCUAACUGUGAGACCUGAAACCAUAAAAAUCCUACAAGACAGCACACACAGCAAUUUCUCUGAUAUCAGCUGUAGCAACACUUUUCUAGCUAGGUCUCCUGAGGAAAGACAAAAAUAAAUAAAAGUAAAUAUAAACUGUUGGGACUACAUCAAAAUAAAAUGCUGUUUUCUUCACAGUGAAGAAAACAAUCAACAAAACAAGAAAACAACCUACUGAAUGGGAGAAGAUAUUUGCAAAUGACAUAUCUGAUAAAGGGUUAAUAUCCAAAAUAUAUAAAGUGCUGUUACAACUCAAUACUAUAAUAAUCAUCAUCAUCAUCCAAUUAAAAAAUGGACAAAAGACAUGAACAGACAUUUCGCCAAAGAAGACAUCCAGAUGGCCAACAGACAUGUGAGAAGAUGCUCAACAUCACUCAUCAUCAGGGAAAUGCGAAUCAAAACUACAAUGAGAUACCACCUCACCCCUGUCAGAAUGGCUAAAAUCAAAAUACAAGAUGGGGCACCUGACUGGUUCAGUUGGUUGGGCAUGUGACUCGAUCUUGGGGUCAUGACUUUGAGCCCCAUGUUGGGCAUAGAGAUUACUUAAAAAAAAAUAGAAAUAAAAAUAUAACACAGGAAACAAAGUGUUAGUAAGGAUGUGGAAAAAAAGGAACCCUCGUGCACUGCUGGUGGGAAUGCAAACUGGUACAGCCACUGGAGAAAACAGUAUAGAGGUUCCUCAAAAAGUUAAAAACUACUGCCUACAAUCCAGUAAUGGCACUACUGGGUAUUUACCUAAAAAGUACAAAAACACUAAUUCAAAGGGACACAUGCACCCCUAUGUUUAUUGCAGCAUUAUUUACAUAGCCAAAUUACAGAAGCAGCCUCAGUGUUCAUCAGUAGAGGAAUGGAUAAAGAAUAGUAUAUGAAUACAGUGGAAUAUUAUUCACCCAUAAAAAAGAAUGAAAUCUCCCCUACAAAAAUGGCUCUUGACAAGAAUAAGGGAACCACGGGGCUCAUCCCACAAUGUCGAUGUUUCAUUUUCAUCAGUGUAUUAGAACUAUAGUUUGCUUUUUAUCCUGAGUAACCUCAAAAUAAACUCUGUAGGACCAGACACAUGUUAUACAUUAUCUUUAAGAGUUGGAUCUAUAAUGUAGGUCUUUAGUAGGCAGAAAAUAACAGUAACAUUUUAGAUUUAUGCACGAAAAACCAAGGUAACUGACUACUGAUAAACACUUAUUUUGGAACAAAAAUCUAUUCAUUUCCAGCCAUAUAGAAAAAAAUAGCAACAGAAAGUGCUCUCAGAAAGUUCAUUUUCUAGAUUCCCAAAUAAGAUCACACAGAAGGUCAAAGGAAUUUGAACUAUCACCAAAGUCUGAAAUUUAUUAGAAAUAAGAAUCAAAAUCAUGCUUUACAAUAAGACAAUUCUAUUCUUGCCACUUCUAUUCAACAUUGUACUAGAGGUUUUAACCAAGGCAAUUAGGAAAGAAAAUGAAAUAAAAGGCAUUGAGAGUGGAAAGGAUAAAGUAAAGCGAUCUCUAUUUAUAGAAGACACAAUCUUGUAUUUGGAAAAUCUUAAGAAAUCCAUAAAAAAAGGGGAGCCUGGGUGGCUCAGUCAGUUAAGCGUCCGACUUCAGCUCAGGUCAUGAUCUCACAGCUUGUGAGUUUGAGCCCCACAUCAGGCUCUGUGCUGACAGCUCAGAGCCUGGAGCCUGCUUUGGAUUUUGUGUCUUCCUCUCUCUCUGCCCCUCCACCACUCACACUCUGUCUCUCUC